CCUGAUCUUAGACUCAUUUCACAUUGAAGAGUCUGUGGUUGUCGCGUCUGUCUCCUGGAGUUCUGGCCUGGCGGCCUCUUCAGCAGAUCAGUGGGCAGGAACCAGCACUGCUUGUCUGGAUAGAGCCAGAAGACUGCCAGGAUCAAGCACCAGCACAGGAAAGUCACCAUAGCCACACUUCAGUGGGGCACUCUACAGAAGACAGCAGGGUACUUGCAGAAUGCACAGUAGUGUCCCUGGACUUGCAAGGAGGUUGCUGCAACCAAAGGUUGUGGAAACCAGGACAUCACUGCCUUUCUAUAUGGCAUUGGUUUAGAAUCUUUGAGUCCUAGUGUUAGGUCUGCUGAUAGAGGGAGGGAACAAUGGCCGUGGCUCUAUUAGAUGACUGGUGUAAGGGGAUGGAUCUGGAUCCCAAGAAGGCUGUGCUCAUUGUGGGCAUCCCCGUGCAGUACACUGAGGCUGCGAUAAAUGAUGCUCUGAAAGAAGGCUUACCUCCCUUGUGUGCAUACAAGGUGAUAGGCAGGAUGUUCAGGAGGGAAGAUGAAGCUAAGGCAGUCUUAAUUGAACUGCCUGAAGUUGUUGAUUAUACUAUGAUGCCUACUCAUAUACCAGCAGAGGGUGGGGCCUGGGAAGUGGUUGUCAAACCCCGUAGCCCAGAUGAUGAGUUUAUGAAUAAGUUGAUCUACUUUCUAAGAGAUGAAGGACGGAGAAUAGUAGAUGUGGCCAAAGCCCUGGGGUUUAGCACUGUUCCUACAGGGAAAAUAGAGUUAAAGAAUUUAGACCAAGACAAACCAAAAGGCUUGAAGUCUCUGUGUAAUAAUAGCACAUGUUACAAAAAACUGAAAGUAUUUUCUGGCAGUCCCUUUCCAGGCCCAGGAGAAGAAAGCUUUGAAACCUGGUUAGAGGAGGUCACUGAGCUGAUGCAGUUAUGGCAGGUGUCCGAGAGGGAAAAGAAGCAGUGCCUUCUAGAGAGCUUGCGUGGCUCUGCCCUGUCAAUCAUGCAGGCACUGUGGACUAGCAAUGACUCCCUAACCGUGGAGCAGUGCUUGAAAGCCCUAAAGCACAUCUUUGGAAAUAAAGAGGACUCUAAGGUCUUACAGUUCAGGUUCCUUCAGUCUUCUCAGAAACCUGCAGAGAAGGUAUCUGACUACUUGCUACGUUUAGAGCCCCUGCUGCAAAAAGCAGUGCAGCAGAGCCCACUGUCAGCACACAGUGCAGAUUCAAUUCGUCUCAAGCACGUCUUAUCUCAGGUCUCCAUGACCACUGGCCUUCGGGGAAAGCUCUCCCUCUUAGAUCAGCAAGGGUGCCCACCUACUUUUCUGGAAUUAAUGAAACUUACUCGAGACGAGGAAGAGUGGGAAAGCACUGUGGUAGUGGAGGAGCAGGAGCAGGUACGAAGGGACAGCAGCGCAUGUGAGGCGGCAAAUGAAGUUGUCACCCAGGCAGAGGAUUCUAGGGAGGUCAGCACCCAGACCACAGGAGAGGAGAUGACAUCAGUGAAACGGAGGCGACUGCUCUGGAGACACAGUGCUGGGGAAGAGGGACAGAGGAAGGAAUCAGGUUUCUGGGCUGAAAGUGAACCCGAUGAGCAGAAACCUUAUGUUAGAGCACAGGAGUCGGGGAACGAGAGAGGGGCUUGGGCAGUGAGCCACCCUAACCCCAAGGAAAUAGAGGCUCAGGACAGCCAGGAAUUCCUUCCUGUGGCAGGCAACAGAGAUACUUUGACAAAAUCAUGGGGCAGCCCAGACAAAGGAACAGGGGACAUGAGUGUUGCAGAAGGGCAACAGGGCCAGGGUAAGGCACCCAACUUCUUACUAGCUAGAAAUGAUCCCAACAAGCAAGAACAAAUUCCACACAGCUCAGUGACUACCAAAUGGCAGGACCGUGGGGAGUGUCAGAGACUGAAAUGGGGAGCUAGUAUGAUAACUAGACCACAGGGUAAUCCAGACCGCAGUUGGGAUACUAGUGGGUCACAAGAUGGUGAGGAUGGGUGUUCUGAGCUAAGAAUGCCCACUGGCACUGAAGCAGCACAGGGUGUGGAGGAGCCUGCCACAGGGUUGUCUUGGGCAGAGGACACCAGUGCCUGGGAACAAGCACGGCUAGGCAGGGAGACAGUACCCAGGAGAGGAGGCCGCAGGAUCCAGCCUGUCUUCAGGAUCAUCUACACAGCUCUAGGGGAGCCCCAUGAGGGCAGCACCCUUGAGUCCUUUCGUGAGUGAACUCCCCCCGCUCCUGUGAAACCUGCAAGCCUCAGGACCCAAAGGACCCGGGAGAUGUGUGUGCUAACCUGAGUUCCUGAGCCUGGUUCUGGAACCAUGGAUGUUGACAAGGCUGAUGACUUCAACUUGGGACUAUGUGUGAUAUUCCUCUCCUGUUAUUACUUAUAAUUUUACUUUCUAGGGUUGGUGGGGUGUUGCAUGCUAUGGUUCCACCAAUUCCCUGUGCCUGGACUGUGUAUGCUAUAAGGGAGAACUACACUGUAGUGAGUGAUCUCUUGAGAUAGCAGAAGGCCCUGUGUGAGCAGAGCCUAUGGCUUCUAGUGACCACUCAAAGUUUCUGUUAUGUUUUUAAUGGUUUUAAUACAAUUUUUGUUGAAUAAAUCUCAUGAAUGUUCUGGCUA